AUUUACCUAGGUAUAGGAAUGAACUAAAGGCACUCAGAAUACUAAAGUUUCAGAUUACGUUUUGUAAGAAUUUUUCAAAAUUUAUAGUAAUUUUUGAAAUACCCUAGGUGACUUAGCGUUUUGCAAUGGCCAACAAUAAUUCAGCACCAGAGACCGAAAAUAUAAUACCUGUCCUUCUGCAUAAUGUCGAUGAAAAGGAGCAGGUGCGUCAACUCGGCCUGUACCUUCGCAACCUGCAGGACCGCUUUCGGCUGGGCAUUCAGGAGCAUCAGAAGGUUCUACAGUCGUCGGUGCAGCUGCUCAAGGAGGUGGGCGAUGUGAACAACAUGGUGCAGUUCGUCAUAUGGGGCCACCCGGCCCAGGCCACCAAGAUACAGCGCCUGAUCGUGGGCUUCGAGACGGUUAAUGCGGUGAACGCCCCGCAGACCUCCGCCGUGGCGGGCAUAGGUUUGCCUUCGGACAUGACUGAGAUUCAUGGUCUGUUGGGGGAGUUCGAGCACCUCAAUGAGAGCCAAGUUCUGCGGGAGAGCCUCGUGAACUUCAAACGUGCCCGAGAGUCUCUGGAGAAGGUGCUCGGCGCCCUAGAGAAGAUUGGCAACGAGUCCCCACGGUCGUCUCCACCAGGAAGUCAGCUCUUCGGGUGUCCCAGUGCCAGUCGCAGCCUGCGCGAGAAGAUCGAGGCCUUCAACAAGGUCCUGGAGGACGCCCCCGAGAAGCUGGGGGACACCUGCCGUCAUUUCAAAGAGUGCUUCUGUAGCUGCUGCAGCCUGGAGGAGUCCUUUGAGCCCAGCGGGGACAAGCCGCUCCCCGUUGCCUCGAAAACCAAUUCGGGUUACGAGGGGGACAUAGACAGCGAGGUGGAGCAGGCGGAAAUUAAUAUGAAGGUGGAUUAAUAAAGAUAGUACUGGUAAAGGGAAA